AUGCUGCGAUUUUUUAUUACUGUACAAUCAGCCAACCACAUGUCCUGCCAGUUAACGGUCUGUGGCACAUGGACGGCAGUAGCAUCCACAGCUCCAGUCUGCAAGCGUGCGCUGAACAAGUACAUUGAAACUCGUCCCCGGGCCAGUGCGGAAUCCGUUCGGCGCGCGAAGGAGAUCCGAUCAGCGAUCGUGUCGCUGCCAGUACAUCCUAUUUUCUCCGGCGAAGCGGCCCAUGUAGAUACACAAAAGGAGUCCAUUCUCCAGAUGCUGCGCAGCCGAAGGCUCCCGACUAUUUUUGAGGCCCUCGGCAAGCACGCUAAUCCCGAGGCCUUCAAGAUGAUUAUGCGAAAGCGCAAACUGCACGACCCAAUCAUCUCGCGAGCUCAUGAAAAGCAAUCCAAACGCGCCAAGCAGACUGCAGAUUACAGCGAGGAGGUGGCGGAAGAGGUCAUAGGGCCCGCUAAGGACACUACCUUUUUCGUUCCAUCGGUGCGCGAGGAUGAGGCGAGUGAACGUGGCCUAAGCACACGGACGCAGGAUGCUGUCGGUGGUAAUUUUGUGCUCUCCGCAGAGGCCGCCAGUUUCGACGUUCAGGGCGACGAAUUUACUGUAUUCACUCUCGACAAAUGGAAAGAGUGCGGUGGAGGUCAUGGUAACAAUAUUGGAGUCCUAUCUACUGUUGAUCAUGCUCAUCCAUGCUCGUCCGGACCGCUAGUGUUUACUCGUCUGCCGGCAAGCCGUAAAAUCGAAGGCAAAAUGGAAGGCCGUAUUCUGCCCUGCACUUAA